AUCCAGCGGUGGGUCAGGGGGGCUCGAGCCCCCCCUACCGCCACAGGAGCCACGGAGCCCCCCUGGAGCCCCUCCAUGGAUUUUUGAUCCUAAGAACAAGCAGUAGGGGAGGCUGGAGGUCUGUCUCGAGGUAGAAGACGACUGGUUGGGCCGUCGGGGCAUCGCCCUGCUCAUGAGUUAGUCAUCACGGUCCGCCCACUAAAAAUUUCAGCCACUUAAAACCCAAAUGUCCAGCUGCUGAACUGCCCAGGCCCAAGCCCAAUAGCAAAAGAGUGGACAGAGCAAACCCUAUCCCUGUCCAUCCACCACAUCGCGCAUCGCCGCAUCGGGCUCGCAGCCUCGCAGGGACGGCGGUGGCGCACGGCGGGCGCCGGACAGGGCGGGUGACCAAGGGCCGGGGCGACCGGGCGAGGCGAGGCAGCAAGCGGCCGGUGGCACGCCACCCGCGGACAGGCGCGCGUCUCAGCGUCUGUGCCUCCCUGCUCUGCAUUCGUGCCGUGCGCCGCCCGGCUGCCGCUCACCUGCGCGCGGCGCGGCUGGGCCUGAGACCGCAGGCCUGCGCGGCGCGGCAAGCGGGAGCAGUGCGGUGCUGCCCUGCUGCAGCCUGCAGGUGCAGGCCUGCAGGCGUGCUGGUGCAGCUGCAGGGCCGCAGGGGGUGAGGCGGACAGACUCAACCCCAUUCCUGAUUCCCCCAAGGCUGGCUGGUACGAUUCAAUUUCUAAUUUUGUAUGAUUCAAUCAUUCAAUUUCUACUUCUAUUUGUCCGUGAAUUUAUGAUUCAGUUUCUAUUUUAAUUUUUCGAUGAUUCAAUAUUUGAUUGGUAAUUUGGUAUGACAGACUCACAGAUUUCAAAAUGUCGAAAAGAACCAUACACACGUACUUUUCAAGUUCAAGUUCUUCAACUCCGCAUACUAAUGAGAGCACAUCUCAACCAAAGAAAUCUAGAGCAGAGUUUAGUCAUUCAGAUUUAAUUGGGGACCCUAGAAAGCGCAAACCAAUUGAUGAUUAUCAGCCUGAAAUUAGAGAUCAAGUAAAGAGGGCAUAUGCUUUGAAUGGACCGAACUCAACCUCGUGAUAUCAUAUUUCCUCGUAAAUGGAUGAGUGGUGAAUUUAGAUCUUUUCAGAAGACUUGGUAUGAUGAGUUUGAUUGGCUAGAUUAUAGUGAGUACAAGGAUGCAGCUUAUUGCUUGUAUUGUUAUCUUUUCUUUAAUUCGGCAAAGCCUGAAAAGUUUGGUAGUUCGGUCUUUGCACAUCAAGAUUAUGUGAAUUGGAAAAAAGCUAAGGAUACUUUUAAUAACCACAAUGUUUGCAAGACUCAUGUAGAAGCUAGGCUAAAGUGUGAAGACUUUAUGAACCAAAAGACAAAUGUGGGUAGAAAAUUAGUUCAAAUUAGCAAGGAGGAAGAAAAGCGUUAUGAGAUUCGAUUGACAGCUUCCUUAGGUGUUGCAAGAUUUCUCAUAAUGCAAGGGGAUGCUUUCCGUGGACAUGAUGAGUCUUCUACUUCCCUUAACAAGGGUACAUACAGAGAAAUCAUUGAUUGGUACAAAGAUAAGGUUGAGAUAGUGAAGGAGGCAUAUGAAAAAGGUUCUAAAAAUUGCCAAAUGUUAUCUCCUGAUAUACAGAAGGAUCUUACAAAAGCUUGUGCAGAAGAAGUCACGAGUGUCAUCAUGGAUGAGAUUCGGGGUAAAAAAUUCUCAAUGCUUAUUGAUGAGUCUCGAGAUGUAUCAAUUUAUGAUGAGGAUUUUGAUAUUGGUGACAUUACUGUUUUGCCAAAUGAACUUAAAUCCUUCGUCAACCGUGCUAGAAGAACUUCUGAAUUCCUUGGAUGUACUGAACUUGGAAAAGUUGCUGAAAUUAUGGUCAAGACUAAUAUGAACACAUCUUAUCAGUUGGUUUAUCGUCUCAUUGAGCUAACCUUGAUACUACCGGUGGCAACAGCUUCAGUUGAGAGGAUAUUUUCAGCCAUGUCCAUUAUAAAGACAGAUUUGCGUAGUAAAAUGGGUGAUGAAUGGCUCAAUGACUUGAUGAUAUGCUAUAACCAGAAGGAGAUAUUUAGAAAGAUUUGUAAUGAAAAGAUCAAAAAGAGAUUUGAAGAGAUGAAGAAACGUCGUAUGUUAUUGCCUAAAAAAUUAAUGAUUGCUUCUUCGGAUGAAUAAUGGGUGUCACCGUCACGGGCGGCGUCUAUUAGUUUUGUAAUUUGGCUUUUCGGUAGGGAUAAACCGCAUCCUUUAAUUUUCAUGAUGUAUUUUGUGAUUUUUAUUGUCCAUCGAUGUUUUAAUAUAAGACUACUUCAAACUAUUAUAUUUGUCUUU